AUGCGUGGUGCUCACUGUUGGACUGAUCACAGGCUUGUUGUUAUUAAAUUAAAUCUUCGUCUUCCACGUCCUUGUAGAUCUGAAAGAUCUAAACAGAUACGUCUAAACCUUGAACUACUCCAAGAUACUAACACGAUGGUUAAAUAUGCCGAAACCUUGAGCACUGUUCUGCAGCCCCUCGACCCAAAAUCAGGUGAGAUCAAUACUGUCUGGGAGUCUCUAUCUUCUCAUGUUCUCGACACUGCUAAAUCUACUUUAUGUUUGAGAGUUCGAAAACAUAAGGACUGGUUUGAUGAUAAUGAUGGGGUACUUACGGACGCUAUUAAUAAACACCGUAUGCUCCUAAAGCAGCACAGUAAAACUCAUCAGAGUGGAAGUGUUAAGGAGUUGCGUCAUAGUGAUCUGGAGCUGCGUAAACUCGCACGACAAGCGAAAGAUAAGUGGUGGCAGGAGAAGGCUCGUCAGAUGCAGUGUGUCGUAAAGCGACAAUUAAAAACAAAAGAACCUAACCUAACAACAACGAAACAACAAAAAAAAUAA